AUGUGCCUCUAUAUUUCCUUGAUUCAAAAUGUUGUUCAUUUGCUCAUCGUGCCCUAUUACCUGAUGGCCGCCGACAACACGCAGCAGCCCGAUACUCAACAGGUGAAAACCGAAAUGGACGUGAUCGAUGUUUUUGACGACAACUCGUCAACAUCCGAAGAUCUGGAACCGCGGCAUGGGCAAGAGAAUGUCGAAAAAACCUUUACUACCCCCAAC